AUGUCGCCAGGCUCAUUCACAACUUGGACAGGGUUACAUAAAGCUUUCCUAGAGAAGUAUUUUUCGGCAUCAAGAAUAGGGUCAAUCAGGAAGGAAAUUUGUGGAAUUAAGCAACUGGUAGGUGAGUCACUAUAUGAGUACUGGGAAAGAUUUAAACGGCUAUGUGCGAGUUGUCCACAGCAUCAGAUUAGUGAGCAGCUCUUAGUGCAAUAUUUUUAUGAAGGGUUGACACCACAAGAUCGAGGAAUGAUCGAUGCAGCGAGUGGAGGUGCAUUGGUUGAUAAAACUCCUGAGCAAGCCCGAAAUUUGAUCGCUAAUAUGGCGCAGAAUACACAGCAAUUCGGUUUCAGGAGGUCUGACUUGGGUAAACGAAUGGAUGAAGGCCAGUCGAGCAUGAUGGAGGCUCAAUUAGCUAAUUUAACGGCUAUGAGGAGGUAUGAUCCAUAUUCGGCUACUUAUAAUGAGGGAUGGAGAGAUCACCCUAAUCUUAGAUAUCAAAACCGAGCUACGCCUCCAGGAUUUGAGCAGCAAAAUUCCCGACCAUAUAAUAUGUCACAACCAACCCAUCAAAACCCGAGUGCCGAAACCAAGACCCAUUCCAUGCUUGAACAAAUGAUGAAGAUGAUGGCUGACCAGAAGAAGGAAACCGAUGGAAGAUUUCAGUCUUUGGAAUCGGCAGCGAAGCAAUUGCAAACUAGAGCCUCGUCGACUGAUGUUAAUCUUGGGAACUUACAAGCACAGGUAAAUAAUCGGUUACCGUCACAGCCUGUGGCAAAUCCGAGGGAUAAUGUCAGUGCAAUAACCUUGCGAAGUGGGAAGGAGUUGAGAUUGAUACUAAAGAAGGUCCAAAACAGCAAUGAGGAAUAUGAAACUAAGGUAAAAAAGGUCCGAUUUAGUGAUAUUGAAGAGGAAAAUUUAGCCUUGCCAAAGGCUGAUUUACAACCGUCGCAAGCAGCUCCAAAGGAAGUAGGGAAAUCACGUUUACAACAGUCCACUACUUUGCAUGAUGUAGCAAAUUUUAAAUAG